AUGACCUAUACUUACCGCUAUUAUUGGCGAUUCCUAUUACUACAAUUCCUGAUAUUCACGGGCACGGCCGUGUUUUUGCGGUUCAUAUUUAAUUCAGAUAUAGGAGUUCCCUCGGCGUGCAUCAACUUUGAGGACGAUUUUAACAACACGUGCGCUAAAAGCGAGAAAAGUAUCCGGGAUGAGGAGCUGGUGAACAAUAAUAUAAAGUAUAACUUCUUCCUCGUAGUCGUCAUAUUGUUUUUCAAACUCGUCUUAACAACGCUUACGUUUUCGGCCGAUUUGAAGACUUUCCUCAAUGAGCAACGAAAUGUGUGGUACAGCACCGGCGUCUACUACUGGUCCAAAGCCAUUGUUGAGUUGAUCCCUACGGUUAUAAUACUGGUGUGUUUCUCAUACAUCGGCGAUAUCUACGAC